CCCGAAGUGUGGACCACCGUGGGAAUGUUUAUGCCGCUAAUAUGACUGGUGCCCAAACGUUUAAGCCUUGUCUGCGACGACCAAACCAUCAGUAAAAACCCCCACGCCCGUGCACGGCAACCACCUCCAUUAAUCCCCCACUCGCCCUGCAGGGCAAAUCCUACCUUGAUAUUCAUUCAAAACUCAAGAAAAACCCCAACUUGUUUUCUUCUGACAUACUAAUACUGUACGAACGAAAUGACAGACGAGUCUACGCAAUCUCAAGCUACGAAAGAUGAAACUAAGAAGCCAAACCCUGCCUCUGGCACAGCGAAGGGUCCAAGGAGAACAUUUUCCAACGCAAGGCCUUCUGCUGCCGGAAAUCCACAAGGCGCUUCCAGACCUUCCUCCAGGGCAGGUAACAAGAAACCUGCCAAUGCCUCAACUACCGGCGGCACCGAAUCGGGUUCUGAGUCUAGUAAGAAACCCCAAGAGGUGAAGAGGAACGAUUCUCGGAGCAAGAAUCAGCCCAGCGGCGGCCAGCGUACCGGAAAUCAUCGCAAAGCACAGGCGUCUACUGCGCAACCUAAUCGGGUUAGCCAGUCCAAGGACCGUGUUUUACCGUCGCCGUCGCCUGUGCCUGUUUCAGCUACGGAAUCCAGUGAUGCUCUGUCCUCACUCCAACGCGUCAUUGCAGACCUGAAGACCACCUCUCCCUCGGGUCAACCUUCCCCAACUAAUACUCUUGCUGCUUCUAUCCAUGCUCCUCAACAACAACAAACUUCCAAUCAGUCUCCUUUGCAGUCCAACGCUUCCAUGUUUACUAGCUCUAAUCUUGCAGAAGCAGCCCGCCAUCGUAAGGCUGCGUCUCUUGGCAACUCCGCUCUUUCAGGAAGUUAUAAUUCGUUUUCACCUCACCUCGGUGCUAUGAUGGAAGACGCGGAAGAUGGCACCGGUGCUUUCGAGGAAGGAGAGAUCUCCGAAGGGUUCUUUCCCAAUUCUGGGUAUCAUCCUCGAACCCAGUCACAGAAUUUCGUGGCCCCGCGUUUUGCUGCCUUGGCUGCUCAACAACAGGAACAAGAUGCCCUUGGCCCUACCGGCCGUCCCCAGCUUGCCCCCAAUUUCAUGUUUGGUACUCGUAGAAGGACUAGCUCCAACGUUCCUUUAGGUCCGCCUAUCAGCGAAGAAGAUGCUGGGUUCCAGUUCCCUCAGCAGCAGCAGCAGAAUUUCUCUCAGGAUAAUGAGCCAACCCACCGAAAGCCAGAAAAUGACAUAACAGGCAUCAUGGCAGAGCAGAUCGCUAUCCAGAAUCAAAUUGAAGCCCUCCAACAGCAACAACAGGCACUGUAUCAGCAGCAGCUUGCCUCAAACCAGGUUCUAUCGUUGCAAGGGUUAGCGGGCAACAGACAUAGACGCGUCCAGAGCACUGCACCGAUGGGCCUUGGGGGCACCAGUAAUCUCCCCCCUUUCAGUGCUGCUAUGGGACAGUUCAACGGUAUGAGUGGUCUGGGACUUGGACUUGAUAACCAACCUGGUGGCCUGCCCCGCGGCCACGGUAGGAGACACAGUGUUAACGUGGUCAAUAAGUCGAACACUGCCCAUGGUAACCUCGGUUCCGUAAGCUUCCCUUACUCCGGCCAGGAUGGCUUCGACGAUGGUUUUACUCCUCCGCCCGGAUUUGGAGGUCACUCUCGUACCACCUCCCGAGUUGAUUCUAGCUGGCGCAUCAAUGGUGGUGUGGGUGGCAUCCAAGCUAACAGUGGAUUUGCUGCAGAGUUGGCGCAAGCCCAGGCGCAGCUCCAGAGUUUGCAGCAAUUCCGUGCCGCAGCCGGUGGUCAUCACCACAAGAUGCCAUCUUUCGCUUUUCCAAAUAUGCUCCCGAAUAUGAUGGCUGCUAAUUUGAUGGGUAUGGGUUUGGGCGGUGUCAGCCUGUUGCAACAGCAACAACAACAACAACAACAAUUUCAGACCCAAUUGCAGCAACAAUCUACUCAGCCGCAGCGCAAAUCUUUGUUCGCUCCUUACUUACCGCAAGCUUCACUUCCACCGCUCCUCGCAGCCGGCAAGCUAGUUGUUGGAAUCCUUCGAGUUAACAAGCGCAACAGGUCCGACGCGUACGUCGCCACCGAAGUGCUCGAUGCUGAUAUCUAUAUAUGCGGUUCGAAAGACCGUAAUCGAGCUCUAGAGGGUGACAUUGUUGCUGUGGAGUUGCUCGACGUUGAUGAGGUAUGGGGGACAAAGAAGGAAAAAGAGGAAAAGAAGCGCAAGAAGGAAGAAAACUCUGCUUAUGACAAGACCAACGUUGGUCGCAAAGAUGACAAGAAGAAGGAUGACGUCGAAGUAGAGGGCCAAGGUCUCAUGUUGUUUGAGGACGAAGAGGUGACAGACGAAGUGAAACCGCAGUAUGCGGGCCACGUGGUUGCUGUCGUUGAACGUAUGCCCGGACAGUUAUUCUCUGGAACACUUGGUCUCCUUCGCCCGUCUUCUGCUGCAACGAAAGAGAAACAGGAGGCUGAACGCCGCGAGCGUGAGGGUGACCGUGGAGAAGAACCCAAACGGGGACCUAUCGAACGUCCCAAAAUCGUUUGGUUCAAGCCCACCGACAAGCGAGUGCCCUUGAUUGCUAUUCCCACUGAGCAAGCUCCAGCAGACUUCGUGGAGAAUUCGGAGGCGUACGCUAACAGGUUGUUUGUUGCUUGUAUCAAGCGUCACCCUAUUUCUUCCCUCCAUCCCUUCGGUACUCUGGUGGAGGAACUAGGACCUAUCGGUGACGUCGAGGUCGAGACCAGCGCGUUGCUCAAGGAUUGUAAUUUCCCUACGGAAGAGUUUUCUGACAGUGUUCUCAAGUGUUUGCCCCCAACUCCUUGGAGCAUCCCUGAGAGGGAACAUGACGUUCGCAGAGACUUGCGCGAAGAAAGAAUUUUCACCAUCGAUCCUUCGGAUGCCAAAGAUAUGGAUGAUGCCCUUUCAAUCAAGGCCAACGAUGACGGCACCUAUGAUGUCGGUGUUCAUGUUGCAGACGUUCUCCUACUUCAUGCUCGGAAGAGGGCUACGACGGUUUAUCUCGUCCAGCGAGCGGUUCCAAUGCUGCCCCCGACCCUAGGUGAAGAAGUUUGUAGUCUUGCCCCUGGCGCAGAGCGACUUGCUUUUUCUGCGAUUUUCACGAUGUCUAAGGAGGGUAAAGUGCUCAACAAAUGGUUUGGGAAGACCAUAGUCAAGUCGGCGGCGAAGCUGUCUUACACUGAGGCUCAGAAGGCGAUCGACGGGCACCUAUUAAGCGAUAUUGUUGUAUCCCCCGAGCAUUCCGCUUCUGCUAUCGAGCACGACCUCAAAGUUCUCCAUGGUUUGGCUCAGCAGCUGCGUACCAAACGCUUGCAAGACGGUGCUUUACUUCUCAACUCCAAUCGCCUUAAAUUUACGUUGGACGACAACAGUCUGCCAGUAGAUUGUGAACAAUCUGAGGGUAACGAAGCCAAGGAACUCGUUGAGGAGCUCAUGUUGCUUGCUAACUUUGCCGUUGCUCAACGUAUUGCUGUUCACUUACCCGAGCAAGCACUCCUCCGCAGACACGAUACGCCAAUCGAGAGGCGCCUAAAUGCCUUUAGCGAACGUGCCAAGCGUUUAGGCAUCCAAGUCGAAACCUCUUCCUCUGGCGCUUUGAUGCGCUCGUUCAAUGCGAUAACGAACCCUGCCGCUCGUAUGACCCUUGAGUUGCUGUCUUUUAAAUUUACCCAACGCGCGAAAUACUUCUGUGCGGGGAUGCUGGACAUAGCGAAAUACGGUCAUUACGCGUUGAGUGUCCCUCUUUACACUCACUUUACCUCCCCAAUUCGUCGCUAUGCCGAUAUUCUUGUGCAUCGCCAGCUCGAAUCGGUUCUCCAGGGUGGUCCUGAUCCGAAAUUUACGAUGGACCGGGACGCUGUCGCGAAGAUUGCUCAGCAGUGCAACAUCAAGCGGGACUCAGCGAGGUUGGCACAAGAGCAAUCUACUCACCUCUACUUGUGCAUCCUCAUUUCUGAUCUCACUCACCGCUAUGGGCCAGUCAUCCGUCAAGCCAAGGUUGUCAAUGUUCUCGAUGCAGCGUUUGACGUAUACGUACCUGAAUUUGGUAUUGAGAAGAGAGUCCACGUUGAUCAAAUGCCCAUCGACAAUCAUGUCUACGAUGAGCAUUCUCAUACCCUUCAAAUUUAUUGGUCUGGCAAGGACGUGAUCAGUUGGCUCGCAGAGAACAGUGAUGAUGAGCAUCUGAAGAAGGUGAAACAGAAUGCAGAGGCACAUGCCACGAAGAUGGAGGCGCUCUUUGAUGAGGACGAUGCCGAAGACGACGAAAUUGUGCUGGGGAGAGACAGUGAGCUUGUUAAGGAAACCGAGACUUCUAAGCAGCGCUUGCUUUCCGCGAGUAAAGUCCAACCAGUUUUCGAGGGUUUGAAGACAACGGCCACUGGUCACAGGAUUCAAGAGAUCCAAGAAUUGAUGACGGUCCCUGUGAUCGUGACGGCUGACUUGACGAAAAGUCCUCCUGUAAUCAAGGUGUACAGUGUCAAUCCAUACACCGAGCAGAAGUGAUGGAAAUAAUUACGCCCCCCUCUUUUUUUUCUACCGGAAUGGAUCUCUUGUACGAUAAAUGUUGAUGUGGUAGUCAUGCCUUCCUUUCCCCUUCCCUUUCUUUCAUUCCAACUGCUUGUCCAUCCACCGGGUUUUUGUACUCGUACACGUACAUAUAUAUUCGUGGUCGCACGUGUGUCCGUUCGGUUGUUGCGUAGGCUUUUUCGUCCCGUUACAGCGCAUGGUGGAAGAUUUAACGCUUCGCGAGUCCACAACAUCGGUCCUUAAAAUACAGUAU